GAAGACACAGCGACACCAUCAGCGAGGCAAGUUGCGAUCGCGACCAGCGUCAAAGACGAAAAGUGUGUGCAAAGAACGAAAUUAUACGCGGCCACCAAAUAAGGCGGAAGUAGCGCACAAUUUUCAAAAUUACUAACUAAAGGAAAUCUCCCAAAAAAAAAAAAUAGAAAAAAAGAAACAAAAAAUGGCCAAAUUAGUUGCUGUUUUGUUGCAUUGCCUUCUGUUAAUCGCCUGUGCUUGGCAAGAUGUUUCGGCCACAGUCCAACCGCGGGCUCCUAAUUUCCAGUAUUUUGAGAGACCAAAAUAUCGCUACCCUUAUUACGAUGAGAAUGGGCGUGGAAAGUUGUUGUAUGGCUAUGGUGGUCCGGAUUUGUAUCAAUACAAAACUUAUACUCCACUGGAAGGCAUACAUUAGUCAUUUGCUUUGUUUAUAACCGUUAAAAGCACUUAGUCGCAUGCAUGUUUAAAGCAAUUAGUUCUUAAAAAAUAUUUUUAUUUAUUUUAAUGUCUGCUUUAGCUCAUAUUAGAGCUCUAGAUACACGGGUAUCGAGCAGUGCGCGCAGAAAAAACUUUUGUGAAAAUAUUUGUUCAAAAUGCUCGAAAAAGCUCGAAGUUGUUCGAAAAAAAUCUUGAGCUCUAUUUCCUUUCACUUUUAUUCUACUCUAUAUAAAAUACUCUUUAAUUAUACUGAAAUAAAGAUGUUAGUUGUUAAAAUGAAA